CGCGCCUCCUGGUUGCCAGCCCUUCACCUCGGAACGUGAAGGAAGGGCCAUGAGGCGCUAACGCGGCGCCAUCUUACGUUACGGAAUAACCGCCGUGGCAGGCGCCAUUUUGCAUCUGAGCGGGAGAGGAGAACGGCCUCGCUAUGUUCCGUAUGGGCGCCGCCAUUUUAGGUUACGGCAGAAUCUCCGCCUUCGCUCCAGCGAACUCAUAGGGCGCCGCCAUUUUGGGUUACGAACAAGGCUGCGACCCGCAGGGGUCCUCGCCCGCCCCUUCCUCCUUUUAGGUGUCUUCAUAAAAUGCCUGUGGAGAACCCCUUCUUUUUUCGCUCCGCUCCCAAGAUGGCGUCGAUGCGGGAGAGCGACACCGGCCUGUGGCUGCACAACAAACUGGGCUCCACGGACGAGCUGUGGGCACCGCCGAGCAUCGCCUCGCUGCUCACGGCCUCGGUGAUCGACAACAUCCGCCUCUGUUUUCACGGCCUUUCCUCGGCCGUCAAACUGAAGCUGCUUUUAGGGAUGCUGCACCUGCCCCGCCGGGCGGUGGAUGAGAUGAAGGGGGCACUGACUGAAAUUGUCCAGCUCGCUACCUUGGAUUCAGACCCCUGGGUCUUAAUGGUAGCUGAUAUUUUAAAAUCCUUUCCAGAUACUGGCUCCCUUAACCUUGAUCUUGAAGAACAGAAUCCCAAUGUUCAAGAUAUUUUAGGAGAACUUAGAGAAAAAGUAAGUGAAGGUGAAACGUCAGCUAUGUUGCCGUUGGAAUGCCAGUACUUAAACAAAAAUGCCUUGACAACACUAGCGGGGCCACUUACCCCCCCAGUGAAACACUUCCAGCUGAAAAGGAAACCUAAAAGUGCCACUCUCCGAGCUGAACUCUUGCAGAAGUCGACAGAAACCGCUCAGCAGCUCAAGAAGACGGCAGGAGUGCCUUUUCAUGCCAAGGGCAGGGGACUGGUCAAAAAGAUUGAUACAACAACGCCACUCAAAGGAAUACCAAAACAAGCUCCAUUCAGGAGUACUUCAGCACCUAGUGUAUUUAACCCUUCUGGAAACAGAAAUCCUAUUCCUCCUUCAAGAACACCUCUGCGUAAAGAAAGAGGAGUAAAGCUUUUAGAAUUCUCUGAGCUGGAUAUGGUAGGUGCUGGCCGUGAAGCAAAGAGAAGAAGAAAGACAUUAGAUACAGAAGUGGUGGAAAAGCAAGCCAAAGAAGAAACAGUAGUAGAAAAUGCUACUCCAGAUUAUGCUGCUGGCCUUGUGUCUACACAGAAACUCGGCUCACUGAACAAUGAGCCAGCGUUACCUUCUACAAGUUAUUUACCUGCUACUCCCAGUGUGGUGCCAUCGUCCUCAUACAUCCCAAGUUCUGAAACACAGCCAGUUGGUUCUGCACGAGAGGCUUUGCAGACUAACAGACAGACUGAAGAGCCUGCAGCUCCAAAUGCUACCACAACUCUGCCUGCGCAGUUCAAGCAGAGAACUCCCAUGUACAACAGUAACUCAAAUCCACCUGCAACUACACCUACCUCACCCCUCACCCCUACCACACCUCCUGCCAUUUCCCCUGCAGCGCAAGCACCACAAGUGGCUCCUCAAACUCAGCAACAGCCACCACCGAAAAAAAGCCUCUCUCUUACAAGGGAGCAAAUGUAUGCUGCACAGGAAAUGUUCAAGACUGCAAACAAAGUUACAAGGCCAGAAAAGGCUCUUAUACUUGGAUUCAUGGCAGGAUCCAGAGAGAAUCCUUGCCAAGAGCAAGGUGACAUCAUUCAGAUUAAACUUAGUGAGCAUACAGAAGAUUUACCAAAGGCUGAUGGCACUGGCAGCACCACUAUGUUGGUUGACACAGUCUUUGAAAUGAACUACGCUACCGGUGAAUGGACCAGAUUCAAGAAGUACAAACCUAUUACUAAUGUUUCUUAAAAGAUGCAGCUACAGCAGACUGGACCAAAUGAGGCUUAGAGUCAACCAGCUCAUAGAGUAUGUCAACUGUACAAAACGGCAUCCAUGUGUACAUUUAUUACCCUCCAGCAUAGAAGCUGUGGCUCUUCAACCUAACUGGGCUCAGUGAAUGCAGAAGAAGUUGAUGUUGAAUUUCCUUUUUUGUCUUGUUUUCUUUUUUUUUAUUAUCUGGAAAAGGUGGUUUUAGGGGAGGGAAUGGUUGGUGGUUUUUUUGUUCUGUCUCGUUUUUAAAUGUGAUUUUAAGAUGCUGGAAGAGGAGAGCAGAUCACAACUGAAUGAUUACAGAUGGGAGCAGUUUACUUCUGAGUACCUGAAGAGAAGACUACUGCACAGUCGUUCACAGUUUACCAUUUAAACAAGGGCACAGAUCUUUACUGUUUAAAGAAGCUAUUCUCUGUGACUGCAUGGGUUCCAUGAGCGCUUCAAGCACCACGUGGUGCUUCAUUUUAUAAUUCAGUUGCAGUAGAACUAAAUACUGCAGGUGAGAGAUGUCUGGUGUCUAGUGGUACCCACUGUACGUUCAGCUUAUUUAUGCUCGAGGCAUAGGAUGGGAUUGAGUAUCUUUAAUUUGCUAUAUUGUCUAUGUCCAUACGCAGCAUGAGUUAACCUAUGUUUGGCUUUACUUGAGAUCAAGAGAAACUGAAUAUCGUAGUUUUCUGAUGGAAAAAAAUAGCAAAAGCAGAGAAAAACUGAAAGGGAGCAGUGGGCUGUUGGCAGUGUGGAAACUAGUGUUUUGCCAUGGCAUUCUUAGGGUAAAAGCUUAUCAGUGGCUAUUGCAUGGCAAGUCCUUCAAACAGCCUGGGAGGAAAGGAAGCUAAAACACAUCAAGGCUGACUGCAGCAUUUCUGCUUUUUAAAUGGCCCUGGAAAUGGUUGAUGCAUCUCUGAAUGAGAUGAUUGGGAGGUGGUGGUAACGUAUGUUUGGUUGAGCUGUCAUAAGGUGCUUGUUACCUUAUCCAAAAAGCUCAGAGUGAGUUUAGCUGUGGUUCCUACCUGUGUAGUUAUCAGUAUAAUCAUCAACGUGGCUGCAGUUAUUCUUCCAUACAAACAUACCUUACAUGUGCCCCUUCCUAGUAGAAGCACGUCUUCAUAACAAUGGUUUCGCCUGCCCUUAGACGUUCCACUAUAGCCUGCAUUUAUUGACAGGGACUGUGUACAUAGUUCGGGAUUCACUGUUUGGACACUCGUUCGCAUUCUUUGAGAGGGAGACUUGGUUUAAACGUCUGGUUUUUGCCAGUGCUUGUGUGUGUAGAGCUGUGCUUAGUUGGGAAUGGUGCUUGGAAGGAAGGCGGCCAACAGAGCAGGUGGGUCUCCUGGUGCUGAGAUGGGACCUUAGGCUGAAUGCAGUUCGUGUUAAAGCAGAACUUGUAGGACAAAACGAGGCUUUUCUUUUAAUAAAAGAAAGCAGACCAAAUCCCCUCAGUGCUCGUAACAUAAUAAGAUGUUCAGGUAAUUUAGAAUAUUUUAUAUCAGAAAAUUUUUUAUCGCUUUUUUAUUUCGGGUUUCUCAAACGAAUGAUCCAACUGAAGAGGGAAAGCAACAAGAGAAUCUGCAUUCACAGCACUGUAAAAGGUGACCAAAAUUAUGAUUCCUUAAUGUUAUUUGAGCAAAUAGAGUUUGAGCUCCUGUAGUGGGCAGCUCAUUGAAUGGCAUCUGCUGACACUGCAGAGCUCUGUGUGUGUUAUAGCGUGAUCAUUAGGCUCCACCUUCCACCAUCACCUCUAGGGCUCCCCUCCACAUCUUAUUAACCCGUAUCAGAAGCAGUGCAGGUUGUGGCUCUGAUAGUGUGUUCUCCUUUAAGCAGCUACAAACCAGCCUGUGAGGUUGGUCGUGGGCUUCAGGUUUUAGAAUGAGCUCCAUUAAAAUGCAUUUUCACGGCUGUAACUUAUUUGAUUGUAUCUUACCUAAUAUCUUUGCUAAUAGCAGCAUAUAAAAGCAUCCAUCUUUUAAAGCAAAGGUUUAAAAGAAAGCAACAUUCCUUUUUUUUUCUGUCUGCAUUCAGAUUUUUAAAGGGUUAUUUUUUGUGAUGGCCAUUUUUAGACGCGUGUCGUAGUUGUCUUUAAGGCUCCUACUUGCUCAAUAAGCUGCAAGCACCAAACGUGAUUUUAGAAUGAAUGUUUUAGGAAGCUGAGGGCCGUGUGCUCACACUGCUCCUUCAAUUUGACUCUCAACACUAAAGCAUUACCGCAGGUUGCUGUGUGAGUCUUAGGAGGUUUCUUAAAUGCCAAAAGAAAGGGAAGUUUUUGCAAUGGUUUGGUAAGAAGUGAAAGCACAUGGAGCUCUUGGGUUCAGAGAAAGGUGGUGUGGCAGGCAGGGCAACAGCAGCAUCCAGGUUGCAGUGCAGUGGAAUUGCUGCAUGCAGAGCAGUUUGUUGGGUGGGGGUGGACAGAACCCACACACGCAGCCAGGCUGCUGAACAACUUGCCCUACAAAUCCUGGGUUUCUUCAGGCUCCGUUUUCUUCACGAGUAAAGACUUGAAAGUGAAACGAGCUCAAUGACGGUGAGCCCAAGGGGGACGUUGAGUACAAGCACCAAUUACAGAUCCCUUCCUCCUCCUCUUUCCUGCUCUAGUUCUGUAGUUCUCUCCAUACGACGCUGUUGAGACUCGGUGUGAUUAACACUCUUGUGUUGGGCUGGUGUUGUGUGGGUUAACUUCAUUUUCCACUGGUAGCUCUGCUGGUUCUAACCUUCCAGUUUAACGCCAUAGGAUGCAAUGCGGGGUGGGGGGAAGCCUUUGGUUGCUCGAUACCUCUGUGUGACAUUGGCAAUAUCACUAAACAAUGUCUCAGUGCAAACCCUUGUCUAGAUAGAAGAAGCUCGAGACUUUGACAUCAUAUAAAGAGUGAAUCACAUUCUCAUAGUGUAACCUGACUGGAAAAGACUAAGAAACAUUCAACCAGAGCCCUCGGGAGUCUGGUGCCUUUAACAAGAACCAUCACUUUGUGAGAUGUUACAUCUAUCGCAUAGUCUGUAUGUUUUCUAUUUGGGUUUGGUUUUUUGUUUUUUGUACAGUUGUAAAUUCAGAAUAUCCUGUCUUUGGGUACGUAUUUUCAGUGUACUACAGUAUGUAUAAUAAAACUUUAGAUUUUCUAUGGA